AUACAAGAAAAAUAGAUAAAUCAUCAAAAUGGCAGCCACCAGUGCAGCAGAGAAAGAUGAAGUUCUGACUCAGUUUAUUGGGGUAACUGGAGCAGAUAGAGACAGAGCCUCGUUCUUUCUCGAAUCAUCAGGAUGGAAGUUGGAGGUGGCUCUAGAGAGUUUUUAUGAUAACUCAGAUGACAUGGUAACUAAUCCACCAAGUGCCGACCCUCCCUCUGAAAGACAGCCUGAACCUCCAAGGGUUGAACCACCUCCAGCUGCUCAGCCACAGGGAGGAAGCACAGCUAAAGGAUCAGCUGCUCCAAAAGCCAGAGGGGGAGGCAGCAGCCGGGUCGCAACCCUGGGUGAUUACACGUCCAGGAAAGCUGAUAAUGAUAGCGACGAGGAAGGACAAGCGUUUUAUGCAGGGGGAGCCGAUCAUGGCAGUGGUCAGCAGGUAGUAGGUCCAAAGAAGAAGAAGGUGGAAGCGGACAGCCUGGUCAAAAACAUCUUCAAACAUGCUAAAGAUCACGGUGCCGAGGAAGUGGCAGCGGGCGGAGGCCCUUCGGUGUCCCAGCCAAGAAACGCCUCACAUGCCUUCAAAGGUGCCGGCUACAGACUAGGGGAAUCCCCACAGGAACCGGUAGUACCGGUACCUGGUACCUCCGGUACGAUGCCCGGUCCCACACCACGAGAGACUCAUGUUGUACUUAAAAUGUGGAAGACGGGGUUCAGUAUAAAUGAUGGCGAUCUCAGAAGAUAUGAAGUACCAGAGAACGAUGCCUUCCUCAAAACUAUCAUGAAAGGAGAGAUUCCAAAUGAGUUACUUCAACUGGGCAAAGGAGGAGAGGUCAGUUUAGAUUUAGAAGAUCAUCGGAGUGAGGAGUUCACUCAACCCAAGAAGACGGUCAAGGCUUUCACUGGGCGUGGUGUCAUGUUAGGCAGUCCAACACCCACCAUGACCACAGGAGGUGCUAGUACGCAACCUUCAGGGACUCCAUCACAGUCGUCUUCAGCAGCCCCAGCUGCAUCAAUAGAUGUAGAUCCCAGCCAACCUACAACAACACUGCAGCUGAGAUUAGCAGAUGGAUCCAGGUUGGCAGGAAAAUUCAACCACACCCACACUAUAGAGGACAUCAGGAAUUUUAUCAUAGCAUCGAGACCUCAGUACAGUGGGCAGUCCUUCGUUCUUCUGACCACAUUUCCAAACAACACACUCUCCGACAAUAGCCAAACAAUAGAGGGAGCCAAACUAAUGAAUGCAGUCAUCGUUCAACGUUUGACAUAGCUUUUUGUUUAUUUAUUAUUUGUGGUUUAUAUCAUAUUAUGUCUCCAGAGAGAUAAGGUUGACAUGUUUUCGUUGUAUAGGAUAUUGAAAUGAAUUAAUAUUUGUUCAUGAGAUGGAGGUGCUGUUAUUUGUCU